AUUCUUCCUGUUUUCUUCUUGUGCCGUGCCGAGAAGUAACUGUCAACUUUGUGAUUGUGUGCCAGCGACACGGUUCGGAUUCGGUUUGGCGACGAUAGAUUCGAUUUGUUGAACGUGUAAAUGGUUGAAUAUUGUGUGUGUUGCACCGCUGUGUUUACAAGGAUAUAACUCAUCGUUUGCAACAUGGAGGAGGGACUCGUCGCCUUAGAAUCCGGCACAAGUGUGAAUAUCAAAAGGACCGAUGGCCGGAUCCACUCCGCUGUCGUGUCCGGUGUCAACUGGGAGACGAGAAGUGUCACCGUGGAAUGGUUCGAGAGGGGAGAAACGAAAGGAAAAGAGAUCGAAAUGGAAGCCAUCCUGAACCUGAACGCAGACCUGUUGACUACCAACCAGGAUGAACCGGCCAUAAACAACAACAAGAAAGUAACCAGAGCCACGAGAGCCAACAACCCGACCAUGUCUGUGGCGUCGAGUAAAGCACCGUACAGAUCCACGAGAAACCAAUCCAGACCAACAAACAUCGUGCCGGCAGUGAAUGGGCACGGCGACACGGGCAUCCCCGUCCCCAACCACCGAGUGAGUGAGACAGUUGCUCCCACUCCGACCCACCCCUCUGCGCCACGCCACACUAUGCAGAUGUCUGCCGCUCCACUAGCCCCCGCCCCCUCAGGGGCCCCCACAGGUACAGGGCGUUCAACCAAAGGAGGAGGAGGAGGAACAGGUCUGAUUGAGUCAGCUAUCCAGAACCAGAACCAAAACGUUGGUCCUGCAGGAGGCGUUGGCGUCGGCGCUGCGGCUGCCGCUGCCGGCGCGAACAACGCGGCCAACAACCGGCGCAGCAAUGUGGUCAAGGAGGUGGAGAGGCUCAAGAAGAACCGGGAGGAGCGUCGCCAGCGACAGGCAGAGCUCAAGGAGGAGAAGGAGGCCUUGAUGAACCUCGACCCUGGAAACCCCAACUGGGAAUUCCUGGCUAUGAUUCGAGAAUACCGUAAUGGUAUUGAUAUCCGACCUUUGCGAGGAUCAGAGGGUGUGGAAGAUCACCAAAUCACUGUUUGUGUAAGAAAGAGGCCUCUCAACAAAAAAGAAUUAACUCGUAAAGAAGUAGAUGUGAUAACUGUUCCUAGCAGGGACCAGCUAGUUGUGCAUGAACCUAAGAACAAGGUGGAUCUCACAAAAUAUCUUGAAAAUGCGUUCUUCAGAUUUGAUUAUGCAUUUGAUGAACAUUGUGGCAAUGAAAUUGUAUACAAGUACACAGCCCAGCCACUUGUCCAGACCAUUUUUGAAGGUGGUAUGGCUACUUGCUUUGCAUAUGGUCAGACAGGUAGUGGUAAAACACAUACAAUGGGAGGAGACUUCCAGGGUAAAACUCAAGAUUGCAAGAAGGGUAUAUAUGCCAUGGCAGCCAAAGACGUCUUUAAGUACCUCAAGUCUCCUAAAUACCAGCCACUUAACCUUGUUAUCUCUGCCAGUUUCUUUGAAAUCUACAGUGGAAAGGUAUUUGACCUUCUGGCAGACAAAGCCAAGCUUCGAGUGCUAGAAGACGGCAAGCAGCAAGUGCAAAUUGUCGGUCUGACAGAACAAGUGGUAGGCUCGGUAGAGGAUGUAUUAAAACUCAUUCAACAUGGCAAUGCUGCACGUACUUCUGGUCAAACUUCAGCAAAUUCAAACUCUUCGCGAUCACAUGCAGUGUUUCAAAUUGUUGCUCGCACUCCAGGAACACAUCGUGUUCAUGGCAAAUUCUCUCUUAUUGAUUUGGCUGGCAAUGAAAGGGGAGCAGAUACUUCAUCUGCAAAUAGACAAACUAGAAUGGAAGGUGCAGAAAUCAACAAAUCUCUGCUCUCACUCAAAGAAUGUAUUCGUGCUUUGGGUAGGAAAAAUGCUCAUUUACCUUUCAGAGCCAGCAAACUGACUCAGGUUCUUAGGGAUUCAUUCAUUGGAGAAAAAUCAAGGACGUGCAUGAUUGCUAUGAUAAGUCCAGGCCUGAGUUCGUGUGAGCAUUCUCUCAACACCUUGAGGUAUGCUGACAGAGUGAAGGAAUUGGCUGCCAACGGGCCUUCAGAAAACAAAGCGUCCCCAGAGCAAGACAGGGGGUCUCCAAAUGCAGUUGAUAUUGGGUUGGAUGACAGUGACCUGGCCCAAUUACGGUCACUGAAUGAAGGAGAAAUUUCAGCUGAUCUCUAUACUUUCCAUGAAGCUGUUUCACAGUUACAAUUGCAGGAAGAUGAAGUUUUAGAUACUCACAAGUCAGUUUUGGAGGCCUCUCAGCGCUGGCAUGAAAUGGACUGCCGGUUGCUUGCUGAUACACGUGAUGUGGACUACGACCAGGACGCGUAUGCUUCAAAUCUUGAGGCACUUGUGACGGAGAAAAUAGACACUCUGAUGCAGUUCCGUGAGAAAGUAGCCGCUUUUCGUGCUCAGCUUUUGGCAGAAGAAGCCAUCAGUCAGAAGAUGACAAGAGGCCCCCUUAAUACGCGCCAUCAUUAAUGCUGCAUUAAAUUAGUAUUUUGCAACUGUUGAAGGCUUACUGGCAUUUUGUCAGUUAUGGAGUGAGAUAAAUUUGGAAGACUGGAUAGGACGGUUCCUGUGUUGGUGUUAUGUUUAAAAUUCUUUGCCCCCCCUGUUAAAUUUAUUAUUGGUCUCUGCUAUUUGGGAUGAGAAAGCAUACCAAGAACUAUUCAUCCCCCUCAAGUCAUUUGAAGUAAGAUUUAAUCCACUUCAGAGAAUAGGAAAAUUUUGAAAAGUCUUUGCAAAAUAAAUUCCAUCAAUUUUCAAAAUUAUUUUUAUUGUGUUCUUUUUUACUAUUUCCCUUUAACACAUCACUUUUGCGAUUCAGUUUUUAUAUGUAAUACUCAAAUUGUGCUAAGGCAUAGAAUCAAUAAAUGAUUAGAAUCAUAUGUUGAAGUACUAUCUGUAGGAUUGAAUCCGUAUAUUUAUUUAUUAUGAGAUUUUAACUCCAUGUGCUGCUCUGCAUCAGAGCAAUAUGGCUUUAUGAAGUAACCCUGUAAUCCACUGAAAGCUAAUUAAUAAGCCCUGUAUUAUUGAGGUGCAAGGUAAUGCUAGUUGUGCCUCAUUUGACUGAUUUUGGACUUAAAAUGUAUGUACUUGCUGUGUCAGUUCUGUAUAAAAUCAACAUUAAGGCUCAUCACACCCUUUUUGAUUAAAAUGCCGUUUUAGGAAUGCAUUUGUUGAACUCUAAAAAUAUGAGACUAAAAUAAAUGUUCUUUGUGAUGGAA